AUGAAUAUGGCGCCUCUCGGAGAUCAUCGAAGGGACCUCAAGGUCCUGCAGGGUCCGGGCGGCGGCGCCAAUGGCUACAGCAGCAGCAAUCCAACCCUGACCCAAACCCCUCCGUCAGCUUCUCCUACUGGCCAGGCAUGGAAGGCCGUCCACCACUCUUCUAGUUUCGGCAGCAACCCCCACGACUCGUCUUUUGGUGGUGUCUCCUCGGUUCUGGACGAUAUGGCGAAACUCUCCGGCUCCCCGGAAUUCAAACAAAGCGAUAUAUUCAGCCCUCUGAACAUGGACGACUCUCCGCAGGCGGGCCGCAAUGGGAGUGGACAUCCCGGCAGUAUGGACUUUAGCUAUUCAGGAAACUCGAUAGACGGCUACUAUACCCCUGGGGACGACCGGCGACCGUCGGUGGCUUCGGUAAACACCACGGCAUCUUCAACCGGUUCGAAGACCUCGUUAGGCAAGAGGCUCAACGGGAAGCUGCAUGGCAUUUUUGGUGAUGCUGAGGGUGGUCAUCACAACAUUGUACAUCACCCUCAUCCGCAGCAUUCUAGCACAAUCCCCAUAACCCCUCCCCCUGUUAGCCAGUCUGACACGAAUCUUCCUGGAAAUAAGCUACAUUAUGCUCCUACUGCGCCGGUGAAUAAUCCUUCUAGACCCAGAACCCCCCAGCCCCCAUCUUCAGACGUUGUACCGUUCCUAUUUCAGGACGCCAACGAUAUCCAAACUUUCGGCGAGGCUCGGAUUCAACCCGAAUUGGUCCAUGACAGACAUCGAUACCAUCGAGACGAACAAAAUGUCGACCCCAAAUCCUCCGCACAUAACUUCUUCAACAAGAAAGGAAAGACACCCGGCAAACCCUCAUCCGGUAGGGAUUAUGACGGUGGAGCCAGUGAUAGAGAGCUUCCCCAGCAUCGCAGGGACUUGUUUUCAUCAUCAUAUGGUAAUUCAACAACAAACCUGCCAAGGGCGAGCUCUCCCUCACCCUCCCUUCGUAGCUUGAAUUCGGGUAUGGGGUCGAUCUCGAACGCAGCAGGUCACACUGCGGCCUCUACAUCAGGUGGUGAAAAGGCGACGAAACGCUCUUUUUUGAAAGGGAUGCUCAGGGGUGGGGGCAAGAAAGCAAAGGAUGAGGAACCCGAUGCGAAUACUAUGUCACCUGUAGCACCGCGCAAAGACCGACAUCCCAGCAUCAAAGUCGGGGAACCAGUACCGAGUUCCGCCCGUGGUGUACGCCAAGAAGGUCCAAAACGUGGUACAACAGCGCCACUUACCAGUGAGUUUAAUAUCAACCCAGCAAUCUUCGCCCUCCCGGAUUAUUAUCAUGGACCUGGAAAUGGUAACAAUAGAAAAGCCCUUGGGAAUACCACCCCAUCGGGUAGUAAGACGAAGAAACGCGGCGACUCCUUCGAAAAGCCCCUCGGCAAAGAUGCUGGCAAAUAUAACAAUGUCGUACUACCGGAGGCGACAGGAAAUCUGCUGGACAUAUUUGAUUUGACGAAUAUGGAAGGUAUUGUCGCCCAAUCGCCGGCGCCGGCGCAUCCUUCCACCACCGAGGCCUCGAAAUCGAAGCAAAAGCAGGAAACACAUGGUUCUUGGAAUGCUCCCGACAGUUGGGCUGUUGGCGGUCGACAGCAGAAGGUUGCUGAAGCUCAUCCCCAAGAGGUGGAAGAGAUUCCAGAGGAAAUACUCCGAAAACAAUCGCUAUCACAGUUCUGCAUUCGAGUCUUCCGUGUCGAUGGCUCCUUUACGACCCUUUCAUCCAACAUCAACUCAACAGUUACCGACUUGCUACAUCAGCUCGGGAAGAAGUCAUUCCUGCAAGAUGAUCUCUCAAACUACGUUAUAAUACUACGUAAGGGAGAGCUUGCCAGAAUCUUGGGCUCCAACGAGCGACCUUUGAUAAUGCAGAAAAAGCUCUUGGAGCAGGUUGGAUACAAUGAUGAAGAUAGGGUCGAUGAGAUCGGUCGUGAGGAUAAUAGCUAUCUCUGCCGUUUUACAUUCCUUCCCUCGCGUGUCAGCGGCCACUCUUUGGAUCCUGAUACCGGGUUCAACAAUUAUAAAUAUAACCACGUCGACCUUAGCGGUAGAAAUCUACUCACCAUACCUAUUGCUUUCUACCACAAGGCCAACGAGAUCUCCUCGUUGAACUUGUCACGCAAUCUCUCCCUUCAGGUACCCCAGGAUUUCAUUCAGGCCUGUACAAACUUAAAGGAAGUCAAGUUUCGCAAUAAUGAAGCCUGGGACCUGCCAUCAAGUUUUGCUCAUAUAUCUCGCCUUACAUAUAUGGAUAUAUCUAAUAAUCGGCUCAAGAAUCUCGGAAAUGCUAGACUCCACAGGCACGAGAGCCUUGUGGCCCUGAAGAUGGCUAACAAUCGUAUUCAGGAGCUACCCGAGGAGUUCUCAAAGUUCCACAAUCUCAGAGGGUUGAACGUUGCGUCAAAUUACCUUAAUGCAAUCCCACCAUUAGUUUCGAAGCUAGUCACGCUUGUUGAAUUGGAUCUCUCAUUCAAUAAGAUCAAAGAAAUACCAGAGGAAAUUAGCUCGCUUAAGGCCUUGGAAAGGUUAAUUCUUUCCCACAAUCAGAUUGCAGGGGACCUCCCUGCUGGUUUAGCAGGGCUUCGAGUUUUGAAGGAGCUUGACAUUAGACACAACAACCUCAUCUCUGUGGACGUGCUUGGAGAGUUAGACCGACUCGAAACUCUUUACUCGGGUCACAAUGAGAUUUCAGCUUUCACUUGCGGAUUUGAAAGAAUCCGAACCUUACACCUCAAUAGCAGCAAAGUCACAGCCUUCACCAUCAAAUCCAUCACUCCAACUCUAACUUAUCUCAAUCUUUCGGACAACAAGAUGACUGCUUUAGCAGAUAACUUCUGUGAUAUGUUGCCGAACCUCGAGAAAUUAGUGCUGGAUAAAAAUAAAAUUAACUCCCUUCCUCCCCAAAUCGGUAAAUUGAAGAAACUUAUUCAACUGAGCUGUGCUAGCAACCACCUUACCACCCUUCCAACCGAAAUCGGCCAGCUCAUCGAUUUGCGAGUGCUCGACCUUCACGAUAACGACAUUGCCAAGCUACCAUCCGAAAUCUGGUCUAUGAUUAGUCUUACAAGUCUAAAUCUAUCUUCUAACGUCCUUACUGCCUUCCCCAAACUCCAGACGACGCAAGUGCCCGCGGUUCAACCCCAACCUGUAAACGAUCCCGUGCAGAGCACUGAAAACAAUGAGUAUAACCCACUUCAAGUCAUACACGAAACGUCGGAGUUCACAUCUAAUGGGCUUCUUAGCGCUGGGAGUCCAAAUACGACAAGUCGAAAAGGUUCAUUCGCUUCGGUCAACAACGCUCUUAGAAAGGCAUCGAUAGCAUCGAAAGGGUCUGAUGUCAGUACUGUGGUCGGAACCGGAACUUUUACGCCCCAAUCUCGCAAGGAUUCGACUGCUUCUAGUAGGAUAGCUAACACCUUCGCUUCGAGCCUUCGAUUCUUGUAUCUGGCCGACAACCGACUUGGCGACGAAGUUUUUGAUGAAGUUUCGCUGUUGAGCGAGUUAAGGGUCCUGAAUUUGUCUUACAACCGGAUUUACGACAUUCCUUCGCGAGCACUGACAAAACUAGUAUGGCUCAACGAGCUGUACCUGUCCGGGAACGAAUUGACCAGCUUGCCAACUGACGACCUGGAGCAUAUUGCAAGCUUGAAGGUUCUACAUCUCAAUUCUAACAAGUUCCAGACCCUACCUGCGGAGCUAGGCAAGAUAAGACGGCUUCAUGUUCUGGAUGUCGGGUCAAAUGCACUCAAAUACAAUAUCUCUAACUGGCCUUACGACUGGAACUGGAAUUGGAAUUUAGAGCUACGAUAUCUCAACCUUUCAGGAAACAGACGGCUCGAAAUCAAAGCAAACUUUGCCACCAAUGGUCUUCGAGAGCAACAGCAGAGCUUCACCGACUUCAACGCUCUCAAGUCUUUGAGAGUGCUGGGCCUUAUGGAUGUCACGACAACGAAUCCUUCUUUCCCCGAUCAAUCUGAGGAUUGCCGUGUGCGAACAUCGGGAACGCAGAUUAAGAACAUGAUGUACGGCAUGGCAGACUCUCUUGGUCGAAGCGAGCAUUUGUCGAUGGUCGACAUGGUUGUACCACGGUUCAGAGGAAAUGAAGAUGAGGUUCUUUUCGGCUUCUACGAUGGACAAACGCUUCCUCACAGCGGUAGUAAAGUUGCCAAGUUCUUACAAGAACAGACAAUCUUCUACCUAACUGAAGAAAUGCGAAAGCUGCGUGCUGAAGAAACACCGGCUGCCGCGCUUCGUAGAGCUUUCCUUGCUAUGAACCGCGAGUUAAUGCUUACCGGACUUGCGACUCACGAAGAAAAGACUCAUUCUCCACGUGAUAGGCACCGCGGAACAAACGCUGGAGUCCAGACGAACUUAACGAGGGACGACAUUCAGCUCGGCGCCACCGCCGCGCUCGUUUAUAUCAAAGAACACGACAUGUUCAUCGCCAACGUUGGUGAUGCCAUGGGUUUACUGGUUCAGACUAGCGGCGAGUAUAAGCUUUUGACGAAGAAGCAUGAUCCAUUGUCGCCCUCCGAAUUGGAACGCAUUCGUGAUGCUGGUGGAUACGUUUCACGAAGCGGCAGGGUCAACGACCAUCUUGAAAUAUCACGUGCCUUCGGAUAUUUACAGCUUAUUCCAAGCGUUCAAGCCUGCCCAUCCGUUGAGCAGUGGAAGAUCACAGAAGCUGAUGAGUUUUUGAUCCUGGCAAGCAAGGAGCUCUGGGACCAUAUGAGUUAUCAGACGGCUGUGUAUAUUGCCAACCAGGAGAAGGGUGACUUGAUGCUUGCGGCUCAGAAGCUAAGAGAUUUCGCAAUCGGAUACGGCGCUACCAACAAAAUCAUGGUCAUGAUUGUCGAGGUCGGUGGUCUCGUUAAACAGCGCAGGCGUGUUGGAAGAAGUACAUCCAUUGUUCCCGGUAUGGAUGACGACCCGCGACAACGUGGUGCGCGUCCUCGCAAGGGUGAUCUCGAAGACGAUUCAAGAUGGCGCAAAUUCGGCCGAGAAAUCCCACCCCCUGAAGUCGAUGUAUGCUUGGUAUUCACUGAUAUCAAGGGUUCUACUCUUCUUUGGGAAACAUUUCCUAUUGCCAUGAGGUCAGCUAUAAAAUCGCAUAACGAUAUCAUGAGAGAACAGCUACGGUUGGUCGGAGGAUACGAGGUCAAGACUGAAGGUGACGCCUUCAUGGUUGCUUUCCCAACAGUAACAUCAGCACUAUUGUGGACCUUCAACGUUCAGCUAACGCUUCUGUCGUAUGAAGCUUGGCCACCCGAGAUCUUGCGCUCGCAGCAGUGCGCUGAGGUUUGGGCGAGCGAUUCGGAUGGAGUUAAGAGUUUGGUUUACAGGGGUCUCUCCGUUCGUAUGGGUAUUCACUUUGGACAACCCGUGUGCGAGAGAGAUCCUAUUACCAAACGUAUGGACUAUUUCGGACCCAUGGUGAAUCGUGCCGCUCGUAUUGAAGGUGUUGCAGAUGGUGGGCAGAUCGCGGUCAGUAUGGACUACCUUACAGAGUUAAAGAAGGUAGACGCGCUGUACCCACACGAGGAAACGGCCACAGCGAGCAAGCCCAAUGAUUCGUUCGGCGAUGUCACGUACGAGGACUCUAUCCGCAAUGAUUUGAGAAACUUGAGAAACGCGAACGGUUGGAUUAUCAAGCCACUCGGUGAGAAGAAAUUGAAGGGUUUGGAAAAUCCAGAAAUCAUCUCUUUAAUGAUCCCGCCUUCGUUGGCUGGUAGAGAAUCCGAUAAAUUGAUCGAGAAGAGCCCACCCUCGGAAACUGGAUUGACACCGGAAAUGGUUCUCCCGCUUUACGAUUGUACUUUGAGAUUGGAGAAGCUUUGUUCGCAGCUGAAUUCGAAGGGUCUCAUGUCACAGUUCAUCCUUGAUGGACAAUAUAGUAAAGACAUGCUCCAAAAGAAGAUUCAGGAAGGAGGUACAGAUCCGAGAAUUUUGGAAUUUGUGGAAUAUGUGGUUACUCGGAUUGAGUCCUCGAUUACGACCCUUUAUCUUCGAUCGAUCAUGAAGAACGUUCCCAACGUCGACGACAAUGGCCCAGAGGAGUCUGGCCUUGGGUUCGGUUCAUCUAUCACUUCCAUUUUGUCUUCCCUCAGAGUUUUGCUCGAGUCCGACCCGCGAUUGCAGAUUGCGAAGUCGGCAACUUCAUCAAGAAGUAACAGUAAUGCAUCCGCGGUCGAUAGCACGGUCACGGACGAUUUCCCAAGCGAGGACUACGACGAUUGUGAGAUUAAUGAGGCGCCUUUCGCAAAUGUUUGA